UUUUCUAUGUGACUCACCCUCAGGUAUGAUCCCAUCGCAAAUGCGUGGAUGAAAGUUCAACCAAUGCUCAAUCGACGCUGUAGGCUCGGUGUAGCAACUCUCAACGAUAAAUUAUAUGCAUGUGGAGGCUAUGAUGGGAAUUCAUUUCUAAAGAGUGUCGAAGAAUAUGAUCCUAUAAAAGAUGAAUGGCGAUUAGUAGCACCGAUGAAUGUAAAACGAAGUCGUGUGGCUCUAUGUGCUAACAUGGGUAAAUUAUGGGCAAUUGGAGGUUAUGAUGGCGAAAUUAAUCUCUCGACUGUUGAGGUGUAUAAUCCAAAAGAUGAUUGUUGGACAUUCGUUGCCCCAAUGUGUGCCCAUGGUGGCGGAGUUGGAGUCGGUGUAAUUCCAGCUGUAAUUCCACAUCAAUAAUGUCUUAAAUUGGUUUCGAUUAGAUUAAGUAAUUAGAGAAAAUGUAUUUUCAAUUGGGAAAGUUGUAUAAUUUGUUAACUUUAUGAUUGAAAAUCACUUUGUAUGAAAAAUAAAAUUAAUUGUUCUAAGAAAUCAACAUCUAUUCACAAUUCAA